AGAUCUGCUCCUCCAACCACAGCAAUUCACCUACAGUUCAGCUCUUCCCACAACAGUUUAUGAAAAAGUCGAAAACAUGACUGAUCCAGAACCCAGCAGAAUAAAACAGGAAGAUACUGAACAACAAAUAGAAUUAGAUGCUGUUAAUGUGGAUGUGCCAGAACUUUCUUCAGUUAAACAAGGAGAAAACUGAAGUCAUUGCAUUUGGAAACAAAGAUGAAGUUCUCAAGCAUACAGCACCCUACUUAAGCAAGAUGUCAAUAAAUACAUCAGGUUUGGAACCAGCACCGAACUGAAAUGAACUUUUUGAGUAUAGUCAAAGACAGCGACAAGACAUUAUUUCAGAAGAAUCGCUCUUUGAUGUACCAUACCAAAUGGACUCUGAAUCCCAUAUGGAAGUAUUCAACCUCAUGAAAAGAAAGACGAGGACCCAUCUGCAUGUUGUUACCCUCAAUGAUUAUAUCAGACAAGGUAUUAUUCCUCGAGGUCUGAGGUGGCAAAAGGAACCAAUGCUGGGUAGUCGAUCGGAGGAAUUCUGUGAACGAUGGUGUGCGAUUCUAAACAAAUGUUCAAUGGACCUGAUGACUUUACUGGUGGACCAACUUAAAAAAGAUUUGAAAGAUUUGGACAAUGAAUAUGAAGAAAAAGUGGAGAAAUUACGAACCUUGCUUUCAGGUGAUAAACUAACCGACAUUUUGAAUGCGUGUCAAGAUCAACAACAAAAACUCACUCAACAAUUGAAAGAAUUAAAAAUCAAGAAGUUCACUCGGGAUAAAAAGGAGAAACAGGAAGGAAGAGUUUACUUUUGGAAGACCCCGGAUCAUGGAUCCACUCGCUGGCAUUUCUGUGAACGGCGUCAACAACGUGAUUUGUCAUCUGAUCAAACAUCUCUCUCUUCAUCUACUACCUCCAGCUCAAGUUUUUUAUCUGUCAGUCGACGCAGACGCAACCGUCAAAAACGACAAAAAGAAAGCGAUUAUCACGGACUAGACGUGGAAAAAAGACCAAUAAAUCGAGAACCAUGGACUCUAUCAAGAAUGAUGACCAGGAAGUGACUGUUUUCAACCUUUCUAACCUGAUAAAAGAGAACAAGGAGAUCCAAGAACUGGUUGAAGAGGGGGAGAGCCAUCAUGUCAAAACUGAAGAAACAUCCUGGAGUUCCUCAUUGAAAAGAAAAGAUGAAAUAUGGCCUCAGUGUGGAAAGAGUCUCUCAUGCAAGCAAAAUCUUGAUAUUAACAUAAAAUGUCAUCUUGAAGGGAAGCUAUACACAUGUGCUCAGUGUGAAAACACUUUCACAAUAAAAGAAAACCUUACAAAACACAUGAAUAUCCACACUGGGGAGUUGUACACAUGUGAUCAACGUGGGAAGACUUUCAGACAAAAAGGAAACCUUAACAAACACAUGAAAACCCAUGUUACUUAUUCAAGAGAAAGACUAGAUAACUGUGACCAAAGCAGUAGAACAUUCGCUAGGGCAGAUUUACUGAAGGACCACCUGAAAGUUCAUACAAGGGAGAAGCCUUAUGUGUGUUGUUUAUGUGGAAAGACUUUUAGUCAGAUGUUUGCAUUAAAGAUACACCAGAAAAGACACAGCAGUGUGAAGGAUCAUGCUUGCUCUGAGUGUGGGAAGACUUUUUUUACAGAUGCUGAACUGAAAGUGCACCAGACAGUUCACACUACAGAAACACCUUACAAGUGUUCACGCUGUGACAAGAGAUUCAAACGGUCAACAUAUCUACAAAUACAUGAGAGGAUCCACACUGGAGAGAAGCCGUAUACAUGUGAUCAAUGUGGGACAAGCUUCAGACUAAAAGAAAUGCUUAAUCGACACAUGAAUAUCCAUAAUGGGGAGAAGUUGCACAUAUGCGAUCAAUGUGGGAAGAACUUCAAACAAAAAGCAAACCUUAACAAACACAUGAAAAUCCACACUGGAGAGAAGCCACACACAUGCAAUCACUGUGGAAAGAACUUCAAACAAAAAGCAAACCUUAACAAACACAUGAAAAUCCACACUGGAGAGAGGCCGCACACAUGUGAUCAGUGCGGGAAGGGUUUCUUAGAAAAAGGAAACCUUAAAGACCACAUGAACAUCCACACUGGAGAGAGGCCGCACACAUGUGAUCAGUGUGGAAUGAACUUCAAACAUAAAGGAAACCUUACCAAACACAUGAAAAUCCACACUGGAGAGAAGCCACACACAUGUGAUCAGUGUGGGAAGAGUUUUGCAGAAAAGGCAACCCUUAAUGAACACAUGAGAAUCCACACUGGAGAGAAGCCGCACACAUGUGAUCAGUGUGGGAGGAGUUUUGCAAAAAGAGGAGCCCUUUAUGAACACAAGAAAACCCACAGUGAAGAGAAGCCGCAUCACUGCCAUUCAUGUGGGAAGAGAUUCACUCAAUUAUCUUCUUUAAUCUCUCAUAAAUUACAUGUUUGCAUGUCUGAAAUAACAGUAAGUAAUUCAAGUACUGAUCCUGUACUUCCAGGUGUGAUAGGUGCUAGGUAGGGCUGCAUCAAUGAAUUAUCUUGAUAAUUGAUUAAUCACAGAUUAUUAGAAUGAUUGAGCUAUUGAUUAUUUCUCAGAUUAAUCAGCAGAUUUAUUGAUUAUUCGGCUUUUGGAGUUUGUUAAAAUGUUGAGUAAUACUCAAACUAAUAAAUAAAACAAGGAAAUCA